GUGGAUGACAUUUGGCCAAGUGGUAGGUAAAUAAAAAGAUUUCGAUUUCGAUUUUCACUUUUGUACCGUUGUCGGAGUUCAAAACAGCAUGUUUUAGUGUUAAAAAGUCUACAAAUCUUAAAACGUGAAAGUGUGGCUUGUUAUUUCAUAGUUUAACGUUGACAAAUUCAUUUGUAUACUAAAGUUAUGGAUCAAGAAAAGCCUGGAUGUAGUGUGAACCAUGGUAAACGUACCCGACCUUUGUUACUGCAACCUAGACCGAAGAUACCUAGAGUGGCCGCAUACGUGAGUUCAACGUCCAGCUCAGUUCUAAAGAACUCCAAAAAGUUAAGUCCAAAUUCACCUAAGAAAACGCAAGUAACGUACAAUAAAAGCGACAUACCUGCGCCUGGCACACCUGUUCCCGAAAAACUAGUUCGUAAGGCGGGACCUUACCUACUGGGGCCUAAAUUAGGGCCUAGUCCUGUGAAAAGUAUUGUCCAAUGCUUGGCAAGGAAGGAAAAGACUGAUGACUUUUACCAAAUAAAGAUAUUGACUUUGAGGAAUGAGGGGCAGGUGGAAACUCAGGAUGACAGGCAGGGGAAGAUGCUUUUACACACUGAGUAUUCACUUCUGUCCCUGCUGAAGGACCAGGAUGGUGUUAUUCAUCAUCAUGGACUAUUUAAGGACCAUGCAUUAGAAGAAGUGCCAAAUCCCAAUGGCCCAGGGUUCAUUUACACUGGCCGAGUGAGACAAAGACUGUUCCUAGUUCUAGACAGUGUCACCGCCCACCAGUUCAGCGACAAGGGCAGUGAGCUCAUAAACCUGCAGCAGUAUGUCACUAAAGUGAAGAAGGUUCCGGAGAAAGAGGCUGUACUGAUAUUCUAUGAUAUUGUUAGGGUUGUCGCUAAUUUGCAUAAAACAAACAUAGUACACAGAGAUCUGAAAUUGGGCAACAUAGUAUUAAAUCAAAGGACAGGCAGGGUUAUCCUAACUAAUUUCUGUCUUGGAACACAUUUAGGUAGCGAUAGGGAUCUGCUGAAGGACCAGAGAGGUUCGCCGGCCUACAUCUCGCCAGACGUGUUAUUAUGUAAGCCCUACCUUGGCAAGCCCUCAGACAUGUGGGCUUUAGGGGUAGUUCUAUACACAAUGCUGUAUGGCCAGUUCCCAUUCUGUGAUACGAGUCUAGCCCAGCUGUUCAGUCGUAUACAGGCUGCCAACUAUAAUAUACCACCGGAUGGGAAUUCAGUACAAGUGACUGACAACACAGUGUUCCUGAUCCAGCGGUUGCUUGUCAAGGAUCCUAAACACAGAUUGCUUGCUGACCAGGUCCUAGACCAGCUAUCCAGCAUCAUAGCAAGCUACGUCAUAGUUCCCAACCCUCCUGAGGAUUUACAAGUGGUUCCUGACAUUGCGCUCGACGAAGAGAAAGAGAAGGAGAAACCCGUCACCAACGGUUCGAGCGAGAUAGAGAGAAAGCCCUUCCUGACCAUCCCUGAUAGUGGGGAGAGGACGCCCAACGCCAAUGAGGAACUAGGCGUAUUCUGCGUACCUCUACCAGAUUUCCUAGCAUUAAACUUCCCAUCGCCGACUAGAGUGACCCAAAAUAGCAUUUUAGUUCACCCGACCACCCCUGCAGACACCAACCAAAACCAACGGCAAAUUACCGUCCAGCGAAUAGGUAGGGACGCAAGACCUUUGCACUCUUGGGAAAUAGCUCGAUACCAACAUAUGUUUACCAACCAACGUUCGGAAAGUUCGAGACGGACAGAACGACCGACUGACGUACAGAAUUUCGUAUCGGAAAGCCGAUCGGAUCGUCCAGAAAAUUCUCGACUGCGCGCUUUGGCUCAAAGAAUCCCUCGCUUAUCCAAUCCCAUAGUACCGAUCCCUUGGUCGGAAAGAUCGCGUUUACAAAUGGAUAGACUCGAUCAGAAUUACGUUUUACAGUUGCCCGUUCUAGAUGUUUCUAGAAUACCCAAUAAUAAUAGGAUUAUGAACCCGGCGCCGACGCAUACGGUUAACGCGGAGGCUGUGGUUAAUAAUCCUCGGCCAGCUAUUGAUAAUUCCGAUUUGGAGUAUAAUUAAUUAAUCAUAUGUUUGUAUGUUAUUAU